AUGACUACACCUUUGUUAGAACGUCUUUUAAAUCAUAAAGAAUCAGCAAAUUUCAUUGUUAUAGAAGAUACAAUUUUACAGUCGGGUUAUGUGUUAUUGAAAGAAUUUAUCAAAAAAGUUGCAAAGAACCAAAAUCGGUGUGUUUUAUUAUUAUGUUUUGAAUUUUCACCUGAGUGGUUUCUGGAAAAUAUCAAUUCAAAUAAAAAUUUAGUAAUAUUUGAUGCGUAUUCUAAAUCGGAUUCAUAUGAUUUUGAGAAUGAUAUAAUCUCAGAUCUUAAUUAUAAUUUCAUAAAAAAUAUCAAAGAUACAUCCGAAAUUAUAAAUAUUCUUAAAGACACAAUUAAAAAAUUGUCAUAUUCCAGUUAUACUUUAAUAAUCGAUUCGAUUUCUCCCCUACUUUUAAUUGAUACUUCAUUAACAUUUAAUUUUUUGAAAAGAAUUUCAUCAUGUUUGACAUUAUCAGAUAUAAAUACGAAUACGAAUUCAAAUCUUAUAAUAACAGUUUAUCAUUCUGAUAUACCAAAUUAUCCAUCAUCUGGAAUAUCAGGUUAUCUUAAUGUAAGAAAUACUUUAUUACACCAUAUAGCAUCUACCACAAUAAUAAUUAAAAAUACCGAACAAUUUCGUAAAGAAUCAACUUCACAUGGUUACAUCAUAACGGAGAAUAACGCGAUUAUUAAUGCGUAUAUGAAUUUUCCUGAAAAUUCUAUUUGUAUUAUAGAACAUAGAAAAAAAUCCGGAAAAGUAUUAUAUGAGACUAAUUCAUAUCAUAUUGAUGAAUCUUAUGGUAAUAUGAUAAUCCAAUUAGUUAAAGAUGUAAAAGAAGAUCUAGACCCUGAAAGUAAUACGCCCGACCCAACUACCGCGAAUUUGUUAUUUAAUUUAUCAUUAACAGAAUCACAGAAAAAGGCGAAAAAUGAACUCGUUCUUCCAUAUGUUAAAAUACAAGAUCAAUAUGAAGAAAAAAAUCGGGAGAAUACUACAACUAGUGGCGGAAACAUAUUUUAUGAACCUGAUAAAAAUGAUGAUUUUGAUGAUGAGGAUCCUGAUGAUGAUUUAUCAAUAUAA